CUGUAACUGGUUUACAGGUUUCUCUGCAGGGGGGGGGAUCUUGGAGGAUCCUGUCUGGGCGGUGUCCCGACUCUGUGUGUGAAAGGAAACCAGAUUCCUCUGUGAGGAAUUCACACAGUGAUCAGGAUCUGCUGAACCGGUUUCCCUGACUCCUCCCACGUCUUCACAUCUUUAAAUGUUGAUUCUACUAUUCAACACAACUUUACUAUAUAAUAUGAAAAGAGGACAUUACAAACUGACAGAUUUAAAACGGACACUGUUCUGGUUUUAUAAAAAUUUGAAUUAAAGUUUUAAAUUUGUGUUUGUGCAGAUUCACUUUUAAAACAAAAGUGAGCCACAGCUGAUUGGCUGUCACCAGGUGAUCAGGUGGAAGUGGGCGGGGCCAGGCUGUCACCAGGUGAUCAGGUGGAAGUGGGCGGGGCCAGGCUGUCAGCAGGUCAUCAAGCAGUUGAGAGAGACCAGAGGAUGUUCGCCGUGAGAGGAGGAAAAACUAAAAUGGCAAGAAGAUCCCAAAAAAGAGUUCUGCUGCUGCUGCUGCUGCUGCUGCCUGUGGUGAUUUUGAUCACAGUCAUUCUGCAGAAAUACAUCAAACCAGUGACGGAUGAAUUUCAACAGGUUUUAUCCAAAAGCUUCGACAAGUCCAGUCAGAACUCAUCAGCUAAUUCAUGUCCGAUGCCAGGAAACUGUCCUGAGAAGCACUUCAGCUUCUACAUCCAGAGUGGAGCCGCCAACGCCGCGGCUCCAAAGAUCUGCUUCCAGGCCCAGAUGGUUCUUGGGACAGUGAUGAAUAAUGCUGGAUUAGGAAUAAACAUAGUUAUAAUAAAUGGUAAAACCGGAGAAGUCGUGAAGACGGGUAACUUUGACAUGUACAGCGGGGACGUGAAAGAGCUCCUCGAGUUCCUGAGCAGCAUUGAGACGGGCACCAUUGUGCUGAUGGCGUCUUUUGACGAUCCUGCGUCAAAGUUAAAUGACGAAGGGAGGACGCUGAUCACUCAACUGGGAAGUUCUAUGAUCCAGUCGCUGGGCUUCAGAGAUAACUGGGUGUUUGUUGGUGGGAAAGGAGCAGCUGUGACGAGCCACUUCGAGAAGUUCAAGAAGAAUGACGCAGCAGUGAAUAGAUAUGAAGCGUGGCCCGAGCUCAUUGGUCUGGAGGGAUGCAUCCCCAGCUUCCCGGAGUGAGCAGCCGCUUCUCAAAGAGACGAAGUGACGGAACAGCUGAUAUUUAGUAGUUUAAGAAGACUCUGGCUGCAGCUGGUGUGUAAACCAGUGAGUCCAGUGUGAUCUUCCUCACGUCUGUGCAGCAGUGAGGAAAUCGACCCCUGAAUACUUUUGUUUUUUAAUCUGCAUCAACUGCUCCCGUCGGACUGAUCGUCCUCCUCACGCAGACCAGAGCUGGGACCAGCUCCUCUUUGUCUUUGGAUGGAGGCAAACAUGUUAAAUCGUCAAGUAGAUGGUUGAUCUGUGAGACUGGGGACUGGGGACAUUUUUUACAAUUAAUGGGGACAUCACCCAAAAGGACAAACUUGGACCUAAUUCAUAAUUUUCUCAUUCGCUGCCUACGUGACUCUCGAUGUCUUCACACUCUGGCUCUGGAGUUCUUCUCUCCUCAGUCGUCAGAGCUGCUCAUUGUGGGAACUGAUGGUUUCUCUAUAAAUUUAAGGUCUUGUUUUCCUUUUUGGAUUUGGCUCUUAAAAUUAAAAUGAAUUGAAUUUUGUGUGAAGCACUUUGUAACCUUGUCUAGAUAAGUGCUCUACAAAUAAAGUGAUUUCAUUGUUA